AUGAAAUGGUCCCGCUGGGUGGAGCGGCUGGAGGGUGCUUUUUUGCUGUUCGGAGUUGGUCCCCAGGCGAAGCUGCCGAUGCUGCUGCACUAUAUGGGAGCCGAAACUUACGAUGUAGUUUCGGACAAAAUUGCUCCGGAAAAACCGCAGACGAAGACGUACGACGAAGUGGUGCAGAUUCUCGAAACCCAUUUCAACCCGGAACCACUCGAGAUCUUGGAAAACUUCCGGUUCAAAUGUCGCAAGCAAGGCGACGAACGUGCUGAGGAAUCGAUCGACGAUUAUCUCAUUGCUUUGAGAAAGUUGGCCAUAACCUGCAAUUUUGGCAACUAUCUCAAUACUGCAUUGCGGAAUCAGUUUGUUUUCGGGAUUAGAGACCGGGGAAUACAGGCGCGUCUGCUAGAGGUGCGCAAUCUUACGCUGGACCGUGCCCGCGAGAUUGCAGUGUCGAUGGAGGCGUCGGCCAAAGGUGGACAGGAGAUCCAUUCGCGUCAGGGAAAACCGGAGCUGAACCUCGUGGAGCAUCUGCCAAACAAGCACGCAAAAUCGAAGGCGAACAAAAAGUGCGUCGUUCCUGCGAAGAAAGUGAGUGCAGAAGCACACAGUGAUAAGAAGAAGGGAGAGUGUUUUCGUUGCGGGAGCCCCGCUCACUUCGCAAAUAAGUGCCCGCAUGUGAAGACGGCGUGCAACUACUGCAAGGUGACAGGCCACUUGCAAAAAGUUUGCCUGAAGAAGAUUGCGGCAGAGGGUGCCCGAAGAAAAAGUGAUACACACCAGCUGGAUCAAAAUGCGGGAAAUGGAAACUGCGGAGAAAGUGUGCAUACGGAAGAGAUCUGCGGAGUGUAUGAUGCUGCUGAUUUCAACAAUAGCGUUGAAAAGUUCUGGCUGGAGCUGUCAGUGAACAAUGCCACGGUGAAAUUUGAAGUUGACAGCGGCUCGCCAGUAUCGAUCAUGAGUGUGUCGGACCAGAGAAAAUUAUUUCCCACGGCUAAACUGCAUCACCCGGACACUGCUUUGGUGAGCUACAGUGGGAACAUGAUCGAGCUGUGCGGAAUGUGUGUUGUGCGCGUGAAUUACGGUGGACAAAAUCACGAACUGUUGCUGUACGUGGCAAAGAACAAAAAGCAUCCACUGCUGGGUCGUGGGUGGAUGAAAGUGCUGAACAUUGAUGUGAACAAGUUUUACGAAAACGUCCACACGAUUGCGGUUGACAACAGUGCUGAAUCGGUGAAAAAGCUCAUUGAGCGAUACGGAAACGUCUGUGAGAAGUCGAUGGGUAAAAUCGAAGGGCUAACAGCCAAGCUACAAUUGAAGCCAGAUGUGCGACCGGUGUAUUUGCGUGCGCGACCGGUUCCGUUUUCCAUUCGGGAUGCGGUCGAAGAGGAGAUUAAAACUUUGGAGAAGAAUGGUGUGUUGGUGAAAGUGAACCACAGUGCGUGGGCGACACCGGUUGUCCCAGUGAUGAAAAUGAACAAUCGAGUGCGACUAUGCGGUGAUUAUAAGAUCACAGUGAAUCCUCAUCUCGUGGUCGAUGAACACCCCCUGCCCACCGUCGAGGAGCUGUUUGCUAAUGUGGCAGGUGGUGAGAAGUUUGCGAAGAUUGAUCUCUCGCAAGCCUAUCUGCAGCUAGAGGUCAGUCCGGAGGAUCAGGAGGUCCUCACUUUGAGCACUCACCUGGGACUGCACAGACCGACGAGGCUGAUGUACGGAGUCAGCUCCGCUCUGGCUAUCUGGCAACGCUUGAUGGAGGAAGUACUGAACGGGAUUCCAGGUGUAACGGUAUUUCUGGACGACAUUCGAGUAACGGGGCCUAACGACCAGGUCCACCUGCAGCGUCUCGAGGAAGUACUGAAGCGGCUCAGCCAAUACAAUAUGCGGAUCAACCUGGACAAGUGUCAGUUCUUUGCUGAUCAAAUCGAAUACUGCGGCUGCUUGAUCGAUCGCAACGGAAUCCACAAGGUAAGAAAUAAGAUUGAUGCCAUUCAGAACAUGCCUGCGCCGACGACCAAAGAGCAAGUCCGCUCAUUUGUUGGGUUGGUCAAUUAUUACGGUCGCUUCUUCCCACAUUUGAGUACGACCAUAUACCCGUUGAACCGUCUACUGCGUAACAAUGUGGCUUUCCAUUGGACAAAGCAGUGCGAAGAAGCCUUUUCGAAGGUGAAGGACGAAAUGCAAUCCGACCGGUUCUUGGUACACUACAGUACGGAGUUACCAUUGGUGCUGGCGACCGAUGCGUCUCCAUACGGGGUCGGUGCAGUGCUUAGCCACUUUAUGCCGGACGGUACUGAGCGACCAAUCAUGUACGCGUCGAAGACACUGAACGAUACUCAGCGAAGGUACAAGCAAAUCGACCGUGAAGCUUAUGCGAUCAUCUUUGGAGUGCGGAAGUUCUACCAAUACUUGUAUGGACGGAAGUUUUGGCUCGUUACCGACAAUGAGCCCGUGAAGCAGAUAUUUUCGGAAACCAAGUGUUUGCCGGCAAUGUCGGCACUACGGAUGCAGCACUACGCGACGUUCCUCGCGUCGUUCCGCUACAUCAUCAAGUUUCGUCCAACGAAGGAGCAUUACAAUGCGGAUGCAUUUUCCCGUUUGCCGGUCGGUGCGAAGACACCGGACAACGUCGUCGAGGAGGUUGACUUGCUCGAGGUGAGCAUAAUCGAGACACUGCCGCUGACGGUCGACGAUCUCGCGAAGUCGACUGCUGCUGAUUCUACGGUACAAGUGCUACUGCAAGGUCUAAAAAACGGAAAAACGGUGGAAGCCCGUGAUCGGUUCGGAAUCGAUCAAACCGAGUUCGCGCUACAACAAGGAUGCAUCAUGCGCGGGAUCCGUGUGUAUGUCCCACCGGAUUUGCGACGGAAGGUGUUAACGGAGCUACACUCUACUCACUUUGGGACUACACGGCUGAAGUCGCUCGCCAGAGGCUACGUCUGGUGGGAGCGAAUCGACAAGGACAUCGAGGAGCUUGUCCGAUGCUGCGCGGCUUGUCAGAUGACACGCCCUGAUCCAGUGAAAGUCCCUCUACACUGCUGGGAGAAGCCAAAGGAGCCGUUUGAGAGAGUGCACGUGGACUUUGCAGGUCCAUUCAUGGGCACGUACUUUAUCGUGUUUGUGGAUGCCUUCACCAAGUGGCCGGAAGUGCGGAUCCUCCGUGACAUCACCACGAGCACCACCAUCCAUGCGUGUCGUGAAUUCUUUGCUUCCUUCGGGAUACCCGCUGUGCUCGUCAGCGAUCAUGGCGUGCAGUUCACGUCGACUGAUUUCCAGAGGUUUUUGCAGCUCAACGGAAUCGUUCACAAAAUGGGUGCUCCGUAUCACCCGGCUACAAAUGGACAGGCCGAGCGUUUUAUCCAAACGAUUAAGAACAAAAUGAAAGCUCUAAACUGCGACAAGUCGAGGAUGCAUCCGGAGCUCUGCAACAUCCUGCUCAGCUACCGGAAAACCAUACACCCUGCCACCGGAAAGUCGCCUUCAAUGAUGCUGUUCAACAGACAAAUCCGGUCUCGACUUGACCUGAUGGUGCCGAACGCUUCUGCCACCGCGAAGAAUCCAGAUGUUUGUGCCAAAUCGCUCGCGGAGGGGACGAGAGUCGCUGCUCGUGACUAUUUGGACAAGGAGAAGUGGAAAUACGGUCACGUUGCGGAGAAACUGGGCAAACUUCACUACAACAUCAAGUUGGAUGACGGUCGACUCUGGAAGCGCCAUAUCGACCAGCUACGGGAGGUCGGUGCCAACCUGCCAGCACGCCCUACGCUGCCGGCAAUCCCCGUGGAGAUGGAAACCGUUCCAGCUGUUCCACGAAGCGAUGUCCCGGAACAGACUCCAUGUGCUGCCGUUCCGCCGCCAAUAACUGCGGCAACCCCGAUUGCUGAACCACAACCUUCGACAAGUGCAUCUGCUGUACCCCGGCCGAACGUACCACCUGCGGUACCUGAGCCAAGGCCGCAGAUCCCUGGAGUACGCGCAGAACCCAACUACCAGCAAUCACCAAGGCGAUCAUCAAGGAUUAUCAAACCGCCUCAGAGACUUGAUCUGUAG